GCUCGUAACAUACACGCGCGUUUCUGUUGCAGAGAGGACACGGUGCUAGCGUGACAUACCUUUAGGGUUCUUUACGAGGACUGAUUUAGUGGCGCGUUUUAACAGCAAACUACCUACUUCCUAGUUGAGGUCACACGCUUUUGUCACGUGUUUGUCACGCGCUUGUCAAGGCGAACGUGACUGCAUUUGUUGCGGUAAAGUACCGCUGUCUUGGGACAUCACGGGUUUAACGAGGAUUCGUCUUCGACAAGCAGACGCCGCAACGCCGACGCCACCACGUUAUCGGUAGAGGGUUCCUCGACACUGCGUCGUUUAUCCUACCCAGAACGCCCACGAUGAACGUACGCCGAACAUACACGAACCCCCCACUGUGAACAUACGCCGAAACCUUACGCAGAACUCUCGGCGAACCUACUUCGAACUCUCCCUCUCUGAAUCCGCACGGAAUCUUCGCGGAACCUUCACUGAACACACACCGAAGGCCUCGAGGAACGUCGUCGUGGGAUGAUCGCGAACAUGCAGCAGCCGCCGGCGACGGGGUUCAGCGGGGCGUUCUACGCUCACGGCCGCUUCUGCGCGUCGCACCCGUGGGAGGUGAUCGUGGGAACGCUCACCCUGCUCUGCAUCGUCUCCAUGAGCGUGCUCUCCACCGACCACGUGUGCGGCUUCAACCAGUGCGAGGGACUAAAGGUGAGCGCCAUCUAUUGGCGGGAUCAUGACGGGUGGUUGAAUAAUAUUUUUAUAUUUUUUGUUGCAGGUAUUGCUGCACUAUUCACAGUCUUCUCCAGCUUUGUGUUUGCGACGUCGGUGCUGAAUCUAGUAGACAGUGACUUCACUGGUCUCAAUGAGGCACUGCCAUUCUUCCUACUGCUGAUAGACCUAGGCAAGGCUAGUGCACUGGCACGGUUUGCCCUCAUCUCUUCCUCACAGCUGGAGGUCAAGGAGAACAUCGCACGCGGCAUGGCCGUCGUCGGGCCGGUCAUCACGCUGGACGCGCUCGUUGAAGCCCUGGUCAUCGGCGUCGGAACCAUAUCCGGCAUCAAACAGCUGGAGGUGAUGUGUUGCUUCGGCUGCCUGUUUGUUCUCGCCAACUUCAUAGUCUUCAUGACGUUCUUCCCAGCGUGUCUGUCUCUCGCACUCGAGCUGUCUGAGAAGACUGGGGAAGGACAACAACCGUGGCAUCUCAACAAGCUGGCGUUGAAGACCAUGGCCGAGGACGAGGCAGAGAAGCCAAACCCCGUUGUACAGCGCGUCAAAAUCAUCAUGAGUGCGGGUCUCGUGCUGGUACACACGCACAGUCGUCUGUCUAACCUGUCCGUCAUCGACAGCUCGAGUCAGACAACGGUCGCUGACAUCUUUGCGAAGGGGAGUCAGAUGUCGUCUCAGACGCCACUCUGGUACUUCUACAUGUCGAGAUGGAUGUGUCUCAGCCCAGAGAACCUACUGCUGCUAGGGCUCGUGCUGGGACUAGCGAUGAAGUACGUGCUGUUUGACGGGGACAGGCCGCCAGACAGCUCACAGCAGACAAUCACGAUACCACCGCCAGAUGGCAGAAUCGAUCAGGUCGAUACUGGUCAGACAGUCCCGAUCAAGGACGUGGGGGAGCUAGCGCGUCCCCCGACCCCACCCACGGCUUCGUUCAUCAUCGGUGACGACAGUGACAACAGCGAGGAAGUGAAGUACGAUUCCUACGACAGGCGGUGCGUGGAUCUAGAGGUACAGACGGAUCCAAUUAUAACUGGAAUGUCCAGCACAUUAGAGCGAAUGUCUAAGGCCUCGCCACAUCCUCCCAGACCGCUGAGUGAAUGCCUGGCCAUCCGUGAAGCCAUGGGCGGAGGCGUGAGGAGCUCUGUCAUGGCGGACGCGAUCUCGCGCGCUCCCGUCGUGCGUCUGCCGUCGGCCUGGCAAGCGGUCGAGCUCAAGCUGUGGCUGCAGAACUUGGGCAACUUCUCCAUCAUCAAGGAACAGUUUGAUUCGACAAGCAGAUUUGCGAAGCUGAGCAAGCUGACGGUGAACGUCGCUGGCCGACUCGUCUACAUCCGAUUCCAGUCUACGUCAGGCGAUGCGAUGGGGAUGAACAUGAUCUCCAAGGGGUCAGAGCUGGCGCUGCGCUACCUACAGGACCAUCACUUCCCCCAUAUGGAGGUGGUGAGCAUCAGCGGUAACUUCUGCACCGACAAGAAGCCAUCGGCCGUAAACUGGAUCGAGGGUCGCGGGAAGUCGGUCGUGUGCGAGGCGGUCGUGCCGGGCAAGGUCGUCAGAGAGGUGCUGAAGACGACGGUGGCGGCCGUCGUCGAUCUCAACAUCAGCAAGAACCUCGUCGGCUCGGCGAUGGCCGGGAGCAUCGGUGGCUUCAACGCUCACGCCGCCAACAUCGUCACGGCGAUCUUUAUAGCAACUGGACAGGACCCGGCACAAAACAUCGAGAGCUCAAACUGCAUAACACAGAUGGAGCCAGCCGGUGAUGGUGGCGAGGACCUCUAUAUUACCUGCACUAUGCCAUGCAUAGAGGUGGGCACUGUAGGUGGAGGCACCAUACUACCGCCCCAGGCAGCAUGCCUCCAGAUACUUGGUGUGUGCGGAGGUUGCCGGGAGGAGCCGGGUAGGAACGCGAGUACGCUCGCUAGCAUUGUCUGUGCCACCGUGCUCGCGGGAGAACUCAACCUCCUCUCCGCACUAGCCGCCGGCCAUCUCGUAAAGAGCCACAUGAAGUACAACAGGUCAAGUGUUAGUAUGAGUGGAGGAAUCGUUGCAGACAAUGCCUCAUGAGACACGAUGAGUCUGUAGACGUCUCGCGAGACCACCGUGAGACACGAGACUGUAGGUACCCUACGAGACGCUGCGUCGCGAGUCGUAGAGACCGAGUGUCUCCUGAGACAUUAGCUGUGAGGGUACUGGCUCGGCUAAUCGCUGGUCUUUGAGGCAUUUCAAACGUUGAGACAUGCCACCUGUGUUGUGAGACACUCGGGCGCCUCUAUCGUCGUCUAAUGCAGACUUGAUUGAUACGCAGUCGUCUGGCAGUCGUGUGGUAGUUGGGCUUGUGCUACUGCGAGAAGAGCGGUGGUAUAGUUGUGUAUAUAGAUAGCCUUACGGGUGUUGCAGCCUGUGCACCUAAAUGCUUGAUAGAAACACUACUGGCUGCUGCAGCCAUACCUAGACGUUCAAGACAGAUAUCUGAUAUCUCAUCACUAGGGUUGGCAUUGUGUAUGUAAAGUUUACACGUGU